AUGGUUCUUGUAUCUGGUCCUCGCCACGUGACCUCUUUCCCUGCUGGAACGUCUGUUCAACAUGCCUUUCUCGGGCCAUCGCCGCUUACCCUCGAUCACAAGGCUCUCGAGACCUCAACGAAAAUCCUCGACAUUAUCGGCAGAUAUCGCAUGAAACAGGAUGAGCGUAUCUGUUCACAAUCUGAUCAAUCAGCACUCAGAUUCAUCGCCCUGAUCUAUACACAUGUCAAAGCUGGCAGCCCAUUUCCUCUGUGCCUCCCAGCAUUCCCAUUUAAAUCACCCAACUCGUCAUCCAAAACGUUGGGAAAGCUGCCUGAUAAGGGCGAAGAGAUUGCCCUUGCUCAUUUGAAUGGUCUCUGCAACGCUAUCAAAGACGUGUAUAAGCCAGGGGCCAAGCUCACUAUCAUUUCGGAUGGACUAGUAUACAAUGACCUGCUGGGUGUUCCGGAUAGAGAUGUCUGGGAAUACGGCGAGACUCUUCGAUCACUAUCAGCGGAGAAGGAAUUCCACAACAUUUCUUUUUCGCGCUUAAGGGAUCUUGUCGAGAUUGACUUGCCACAAGAACUCGAUGAGAUGUCAUACGUGGCAAAUGCAUCAAACUUUCGCCGCGCACUUCUCAACACCUUUAGUAAGCCCGAAUGGAACUGGGAACAAGUCCGGCAGUCAGACGACCAGUGCAUGACUUAUCGGGGCUACAUCAAGUUUCUCCAGACAGAUCUGGAGACGGUUUAUCCAGUUGGUGAAAACCGCACCAAGUCCAAGUACAAGAGAGGGAUUGAGUAUAUUGCGAAGCAGAUGAUGGCUCGCGGAGAUGCCUUUGCGAAUGCUGUUCGACAGAAGUAUCCUGACCACAUUCGACUGUCAAUCCACCCAUCGACGGGUGCUUCCAAACUUUCCGUCAGCCUACUGCCCACUGAUUCGAUUUACACUACUCCUUGGCAUUGCAGUGUAGCGUACAGGCUAGAUGGCACAAUUCGGACGGGUAUGCGAUCGGAAUUCGAGAGUGACGACGCUCUUGAACUGGUUUACGAUAAUGGGAGACCCUUCUACUAUCGUGAGAAGUCACCUCUACUGUCAUGGGCUGAGGAUAAGGGUGGCAUCGUCUUUGACCCUAUGUAUCCUGCUGGUCUGAUCAUUCGUCCUGCCAAUGGAGCUGGAUCUUUGACCCUCGAUGACAUCGACACGAAGAAAGUUCGAGCUCUGUCAGAACUCAACUCUCCAGUCGUUCUCAAGGGAUUUGUCAAGAAGCCCAACCGCGACCGUUUCAUUGAUCUCAGUCACCGCUUUGGAACCCCGUUGCCCUGGAAGUUUGGCCUUUUGCUAGAAGUCAAGGAUCGUGGUGAUGAAGGUAGAGGCUUGAACAAUGUUCUCUCGGCUGAGCCUAUGCCAUUCCACUACGAUGGGUUGUUCAAGGUCGUGAAGCAGACCGACGAGGACGGAAACGAGAAGACAGUUUCCACUCCACCACAGUUCCAACUAUUCCAAGGCGCCACAGCUUCGCCUAGAGACACUGGAUUCACCAUCUUCUCGUCAUCAACACUAUUUUUCAAGUAUCUCCCGACGUGGCUCAAGGAAGACAUUUCAAAACUUACCUGGACCGUUGCAACAUCAGCAUUUGACAACACAGUCCUCAAAGGUCUCCCGCUGGCCAUCGACCACCCCACAACUAACAAACCAUGUCUUCGCUACCAUGAGCCUUGGCCUCAGUCAAAGACCGUCUUUGAUGCAUCUGAAGUCACGAUCGAUGGAUUGGAACCGACAGAGAGUGCUGCGAUCUGCGAUACUAUUGACUCGGUUCUGUACGACCGCAGAGUUGCGUUGUAUUAUGCUUGGGAAAAGGGCGAUAUUCUGGUUAGCGAUAACAUUUUGAUGAUGCAUACACGGAGUGACUUUACUGCGGGGAUUGACCGGGAGCUUUGGAGGAUUCAUUUUGAAUGA